CAUAACUGUGAACCGACCAACUAUAUUAUAUGCUAUUAUCUUUGUCUUUAGUCUGUGGUUUGUCGGUUGAAUCUUUUAAAAUAAAACUCAAAACAACAAAUAUGGCCAUCGGAGUUGAUAGUUCGAGAUGGAAACCUAGAAGAUUACAGGGUACACCUGCAGCUACAGUUAGAAACCUUGUAGGAAUAGGUAUUUUAAGCGUUGGAGUAGUUUGUGGACUGAUAUUUCAUAAUAUAGACGCUACAAAAAAUCUAAGAAAAGCUGUUGAAACCCUUUACGAAGACCCAAUAGAAGAAGUUGAAAGAAAACAAAUGAUUGCGGCAGGGUUACCAAAUCGAUCAGGAGAUCAAAUAAGGAAGGCUAUGAAAGAAGCUGAAAGGCCAGAUUUACCAUAUAAAUAACAUGAAUAUAAAUAAUUUUAGUCAUAGUGCAAGCACAUCUAAAACUCAAGUGACUAGUAAAUAUUUCUCAAAUGAAGCUGUACAGGAUGAAAGCCUAACUGAAUUUCAGGAGAAAAGAAAAAUUGUUGGCCCUAAAAAUCCUCAAAAGAAAGAAUCCAAGAGAAAAUGUCAAAAGCGUAUCAAGGGGCAGAAGGAUAUACGUACCCUUAUCAAGAAAAAAAACGAUUUAAUUGAGUAUUCUAAAAAUUUUAAUAAUAUAUGUAAAAAAUCUGGUGUAGACAUUGACUCUGAACAAUUGCAAUUAGCAAUUGCAUUAUCAAAGUCCUUACAUGAUUCUAAACAAUGUCCAAAUGAAACAGAUGUUACAAAAACUUUAACUUCUCGUGAGCAAUGUAAUAAAAUUAGAACCACACUUAAAGAAUAUGGUUUCCAAGUGCCAGAAGUGAAGGCUACUAAUUUGAAUAAAAUAAAACGAAAAAGAUAUAAUUUACUGACAACUUCAGAUGAAGAGAAACAACAGAUAAUAUCUGCAAAAUAUUUGCAAAUUCUUUCUUCAAAGAGUAACAAUGUAAUUAUUGAAAGUAAUUUACAAAAGGAGUCUAUUUUUUACAAAUCUACUUGUAUGUUAUUUGAAGAAAUGAGAAAUGAUGAUGUAUUUUAUGUGAAUGGUUUGGUUGAGAAAUCUUUAAACACAAUAUUUUUUUUAAGAGAUUGGUCAGACAUACCAGGCAGGUGUCAAAGUCCAGCGUUUGAAGGGCCUUAUAUUGGCUUUAAUGAUAUUAUAUGCUCACAAGAUGAACUGAAUAUAUUACUUAGUGGUUGUAUUGCUAUGGCUCAGAAUAUAUGUCAUGUAAAACUAAGAAAUUAUAGUUUCCAAACAGAGAUAUUAUGUCAUAAUACUUCUCAAGGAAGUGUUGAACAAGCAAUGUCAAGCAAAAUACUUUCUAAUGAAACUCUAUCAUUAUCAAUGUCUGAAAAAAUUAAUAAUUUGCAACAUAAUACGGAUAUUGAAAUAUUAAAUAAUGAUAAUGAAAAAAAUUAUAUAGUUAAUGAAACACUUUCACAACCGCUUUCAAUGGUGACUGAAUGCAUAGAUUCAGAAACUGAUUUAUAUCGUAAAUCUGUUGCAUUUUCAAAAAGCUUGAAUGAAACAACUGUUUCACACUACAGAUGUAAAUCACCCGAUUUGUUUGAUGAAGAAGUAUCAACUAUAUUGAAUAUGUCUUCUGAAUUAUCAAAACCUGAAGUUAAAUAUGAUACAAUAGAUCUUACACAAUGUGUGCCUAGUAAUAUGAAACCACAAAUUUCUAAUGUAUCAAAAAGACUUUCAAAUGAUGUUAUGGAACUAACAGAAUGUAUUGCGGGUGGUUUAAAUUGUGAGGAUAGAAUUGAUUUGACACAAGAAUUAAAUGACGAUGAUACCAUUGUCUAUGUAGAUGAGAAUGUAAAUUUCAGAAAAACUAUGGGUUCUUCAAAAAAAUUUGAAUGUGAUCAAAUUAUGGUUUUAGAUGAAAUCAAUACAGUUUCAAUAGUGCCUGAUUCAGUUGCAGAUGUCAUAAAAGAGAACAUACAAACAAUAGAUACCAUGAAUUUAACAGAAUCUUCUGAAUCAGGUGAUAGCUUGCCAGAUAUAAAUGUUGUAGGUGUAGAUAAAAAAGGUACAAUUAAAAACAUAAAUGAUACUUUGUAUGACAAAUUAGAAACUGAAGUACCUAAUUUUACUUCUAGAGACAAUGAAAGAAAUAUUCAAGAUAAUAGUACUAAUGAUAAUAUUCAUCUAACCCAAUCAAAAGAGUAUAAUGAUUGUAGUGUAAAUUCUGAUUUAAGUAAAAUGUAUAAUCUUGGCAAGAUAGAUAAUUUGUCUGUUGAUUAUGAUGACAUGUUUGAUCAGAUCAUUAAAAAUUCUACCAAUGUAUCCGAAUCAACUAAUAAUUCAAAAAAGUACAUUACUCAAAACAAAAACUCAAGUUUUUCGAACAGUGAAGAGCCCGCAAGUGAUUCGGAAUCUUGCAGAUUAUCAGAUCAAGAAUUAAACUAUUCUGUAAAUAUUGGUAUUGACAAUAGUAAAAAUAAUUUUGAAGACUUGCCUUCCAUUGAUAUGAAUUGUCAGAAGAAUUCAGUAGAGUGCAACAUUCUUACACCCGUCAAAGAAAAAAACUUUGAGAUUAUCAAAACACCUAGCAAUAAUGAAUACAUUAUUAAAACAGUUGAUGUGACACCUAUGCAAAAUUUUGAAGCAAUGUCAUCUCCAGAACGAAAUAAGGAACUUGAGAAAUACGGCUUGAAACCAUUUAAAAGGAAAAGAGCAAUACAACUACUGACAUACAUUUACAAUCAAACUCAUCCAGUAGUCGAGUCAUGUGAGGAUGGGUCUCCUACUAAAAAGCCAAAACUCAAUUCCCCUCAAAAGAUAACAGGAAAUUUGAGCCAGUCUCCUAGAAAGUCACAGAAAUCACCAAGAAAGACCAAUUUUUCUGUUAAAAAAUCACCUGCAGCAUCUCAAGAUUUAGGUGAUGAAGAAAAUAUUUUUAUCCAAACUGAUGAUACACCAGCGAUAAAGAAUAUUGCUUGUGAACCAGAGGAUUGGGUGUUUCAGAAGAGAGAGAAAGCUAAGGUACAUUCUUGUCGUGUUCCGUUACAUGUAGCAUUCCACAAUUAUGUAUCAUGUCGCCGACUGCUGAGGGAAGCUAUUUUAUGUUAUGAACCAAUCAAUAUAGAUAUAGUACACAAGGAUUUGGUUGCUGCUGGCUAUAGAUAUAAUCCCAAGGACCUGUUAAAAUUCAUGGAUAAGAAAUGUAUUACUGUGAAGACUGCCGAUAAUAAAAGAUGAUAGCUAGUUCUUUUUGCAAAAUUAUAUAACCCAUAGUAGAUUUAAUUGUAAAAAUAAGAAUUCUUAGGGUAGGUAGGUAGGACUAAGACUUAUUUUUGAACUUUUACAAGUAAUAGUUAAUUAAAUUAGGUGUUAGAAAAUUAUUGUUGUAUAAUUUAUAUAAAAUAAAUAAAAGAUUUUUUUUCGGACAAGAAGUUACUUGCUUCCCUGUUUCUGCCUUUUUUCCUUUUUCAAAAACUUCGGCUCCUCGUUUGUUCUUCUCUCCGUUCCUCUUUUUUGUUUUGAGCAGUGGUGAACAAACAUAAGCCCAUGCUUGGCAGUCAUAUGAAAUAUGUACUGGGAGGAUCCAUAUCUCAUAUAGAUUUUUCUUGAUCUAUAUCUCUGUUUCAUUCUCUUGUAGUACACAAUAUUUUUUUCACGCAUUUCCUAUUCUAGUGUCGACUUUAGAACUAAAGAAAAUCUAGAUCAGGGAUUCUUGGACAGAUCAAUUAAUUUGUAUUGUGUGUAAAUUGUAUUAUUAAAAUUACUAAAUGGCAGAAGUAGGUACAAUCGUGGAGAAAGUAUUAAAAUAAAUUGUACUUACGGGUAAUUUAUUAAAUGGUAAACUACCAAUAUGUUGUUUAUUUCUACAGUAACUGAGAAAUGAAAGUUUCAUUAAUACAAACAUUUAUAUGCAAAUAUUAUUUUAGAUAUAUAAUGUUUUACGAAUCAGUAGGGACAGCGUGUUACUGCUGUAGAUCAUAGCUGGGAUUGGAGACUUGUCCAAGCUAUAGAUAUACAAAUGAGGGUAUAAUGUCUUAAUAUGUGUCUAUCGUGUUUUUGACAUAACAUUUUUGUACUUUGUUUCGUGUGUAACAUCUUUUUAUGCUAAUAUUAAUACAGGUAAUAACAAUUAGCAACAAUACUUAGUGGUAAUGAUACAAACAAUAUUAAAAUCAGUAUUGGUAGGUGAUACGGGGUACGCUUACAGUUGACGGAAAUAAAAAAACUCUUAUAACAAUAAAAAUUUAUUUACAUUCCAUACAAUAGAUUUUCAUUAAGCAAUUGCUCUAUAAAAAUAGAUACAUCAAUUUAUUGCCAUUAAUUUUCGCAUUUAUAUGCUUCGAUUUAUGUGCUAUAGAAUAUUAACUGUCAUUUUUUAAGCAAGCCUGCUUGUUGUAUAACUUGUCUUGUUGCAUUGUUAAUGUGCCGAAAUCGGUCUGGACCUAAUUGUAUUCCACCAUACCUGAAGAACAAAUUUUGCAUUAAAUGUAUAAAGUAUAAACUUACUUUGCAGAAGUAUGUGGCUGUAUAUUUUUGGCUUGUUGCGCGUUGUAUAAUAUGAUCAGAUAACAUGAUACAAAUUGUUAAUACAUGUAGUACUUUAUGAUGAAUAAGGAUCUUAACCUUAGAUAACCUGACAAAAAUGUCAGUAUUUACUAGCUUUAACAAAUAAGUUUUAAAUAUAUACAAUGUUCAUGUAAUGACAAUGCUAUAAAAGAUACUUAGUAUUGUUGCAUCCCAACAAAACUGCCAGUUAAGAACAAAAGAUCUCAAUUUGUCGUAGAAAAAUAAACAUACUUACCACCUUGAUACCACUACAAGUGUAUUCUUCUGGUCUAGUAUCUGCAAUAAAUGCAGCAUUCUUCCCCCAGCAUGAGACUCCCCAUCAUCAUCACAAUCUUGAAGUAUUGUCGUGCCCUUAGCUGCUUGUCGCUCUAUUCUGUAUGCAUACAUAUUAUGUGUUGCAUUUUGAAUCUUUUUAUUUUGUUUUAACUUAAAGAGGACUGCCCUGGAAAGACAAAUAUAAAUCAGAAUUUUUCUAAAAUGUUGAUUUAAAAACAAGAAAUCUAUCAUUAUAUUUAAUAACAAUAUGAAUAAUAUAGGAGAGCUGUACACAUUUUUCUUCAUUACAUUAAAAAUAUCAAACACUUACGUAACAUCAUCCAAGCUGUGUACUUCAGCUGCAUGACCUUGAAAUGAGCUUUUCCUAUCAAUAAUGACUUCACCAUGUGUUAUAUCUGGGCAGUUUAUAUCCAGCUACAAUUGGAAAACAUUUAUAUUUUAGUAGACACAUAAAAACUAAAAAAAUCCAUAUUAUUAUUCACAAAUGAGAUUUGCUAUAAAAAAUAUUAUUUUAUGUAUCAUUGCAGAUAGUCAAUUUUAAUUUAUUUCCUAUAAGAUCAUUCUCUUACCACUGAUAAAAAUAAAUUUAUUAUUACAAUAGAACUGAAAAGGAUGUACAAAUUAAACAUAUAAAAACAUAUUCUAAAAAAAAACAUUCUUUGAUUAAGACAUGUUUUAGAAUGACAAAUAAAUUGAAAAUACCUGUGACAAAUCUAAUGUUUCUACAACAAUGGCCUUUUUUUUAUCUUCUUUCUGCGGCUUUAUUUUUUGUAAUGUUUCUCUUAUUUUUUCAACCCAUUGAAAUAUAACAGUUUCACCAAUAUUCUCU